ACCAAGAAACUCUCAAAAGCAGUUUGCAGUGACUGCCGGGAUCCCGAGGCGGGCUUUAUCCUGCGACUGCUGCAAUUUGCUGGGAAGAACCGGGGAGCAAAUUUGGACCCAGCUUCGAGUGGCUAACUACACUGGAGAAUUAAAUACAACUAUCAUGUGCUUGAUGUGAAACUUCAUUUUUUUUCUUCUUUUUGCAACCAAAUAAGCUUUUUUUUUUUUUUUUUUUUUUUUUUUUUUCUUUCCUACAACUUGAAAAAGCUCCUUUUUCACCUUUUCCUACGCACACAGAGGUAAUGCUGCAAACAGUCUGCAUGAGUCCUGAACUACUGGUCAAUCAAAACAGCAGUGAAAAUGAAACCUGUGGCUACAGCCCAGGCCAAGGAUCUCCACUGCCUGGAGAAACUGCCAGCCCCAAAAGCUCCUUUCAACAAAGCCCAUCGCUGCCAGACUCUGGAUUAACUGAACUUAACAUUGCGAGCCCCGAGAUCUACCCUACACCUCCACGUAAACCACAAGAGAUGUCUGCUCCUGCUGGCCUUUAAAAUGCUCUACAGAGACUAAAUCAUUCUUCUUCAAACACCAGUCUAAACCGGGAAUUAUUCCCAUUUCCAGAGCAGUCUGAGAAAUAAUCUACAUUUUCCAACUCCCAAUGUUUUAAAUAUUCAGCGGUAGGUCAGACAUUCACAAAGGGCAGCAACCUGAGCACAGCCCAGCAGCUCCAUGCACAUCCGUCACGCGCUGCUGGCUGCUUGGGAUCCGGCACCCGCCUGCCGAAGGGGCGUCAGCCUCCCAUCGCCCGCAGCAGGGAAGAGCAACACCGCCACGUGAUGCGAAACCAUAUCUCGUGCGGCUGGUUUCCAUGCCAAUCCUGCCUGCUCCGAGACAUCCCGAGGCUGGGCAGAUGCACCGUGCACAUCUGCUGAGCUCCUGCGCAGCACCUAGCCCGCCAGAUGCCAGCAGCUACCACGGGGUACCCCAAGUUUUUCUUACCACCGACUGUAGCAGAAGCUGCCUGCCUGCACUGCACAAACCUUUUCACAGCCUGCUGCAUUGUUUAAUUGUUGAGUGUUGACCUGCAAGAGGAGGGAAGCUUCUCCCUGCUCCAGCACACGCUGCUGGCUGACCCCUCAGCAGCCUGCACAGUGACCCCAGCACCCGCCUCGUAAUUGUGCAUCGUCUCUGCUAACGAGCUGGGAAGAUGCGGAACUAAUGCAAUAAAGCUAUCGUUUGACAAUGAUGAUAGCUGCUACUGAAUGCGUUUUAUAGGAAGAGGAUGGUGCUCAGGGAGCGGGGGGUGGGAAGCAGCGUUACAUAAAAGGUAUUUCAAAAGCGAUGCGUUUAAGCUCCUAAUCUGGGCAAGUCUUUCAAGUCUGGGGAUUCAAGUCUGAGAUGCAAGAAGACCUAACACAAACAAUUACAGAGCAGCUUGUUUUGACGAAGACAAGCUUGUUUGGACAAUUAUAUAGAUUCUCAAAUAACCAUUUCAUUCCACUACAGAAAAUCCUUGCUUCCCUUUGAAUUGCACCGUACUGACCUCUAAAUACACCGAGAACUGCUGUAGAAAGACUUUGGAUAUGGCAUCACUAUCUCAGCCCUGAAACAACUCUCAUUUUUCACCCAUGUCAAUAUAAGAAAGCACAGGACAGAGGUUCACUGCACCAGAGGAAAAGUAAGACGUGGCUAAGAGGGGCGCUGACCUGGAUGUGCCUAAAAGCAGAGCGAUGUGCUCUCAGCCAGCCUGGCAGCCCUGAGCUGAUGGGCAGCAAGAGGAGCUGCCCAAGGCCACGUCUCAAGAUAGCACCAUUAUUUCUGCACUGCUGAAAGUGCCAGAACAGAAACAUCUGAUUCUUUUCCUUCUUUUUUCCCAACCAUCCAUCUGAAUUUCCUUCUGCGUUGCUGCGCUGCUCCUUAUUGUCCCGCUCCCACCGCCAGCAGCACGCUCACGCGUGGGACAGCCUCUGCUCUUCCUUCUCUGCAGACUGGAACCACCCCUGCUCGCUGAAGCCUGACCGUGGCCUUCAUGUGGUAACGUGCAGGUUAACUCAGCUCUCUGCCUGUGCCCUGAGACUGAAGAUCCCACAGCCAGCUUUGGGGUUUGUUUUUGUUUGCUUGCUCCAGAAAAGAAUUCCCUUUGUGAGGCAGUUGUAGCCUGAGAAGCAAUGCACUGGGGUAUUUGUGCAGCAGGAAGUGUUUUAAUAAAAGGCCAGGGCUAAGGGACACACAGGGUGAGGUGGAAGUUUCCCACAGCCGAUGACGAGCACCAGCAUCACAGGCUGUCUCCCAGGGUGACCUCACCCUCCCACUAUUCCAAGCAGCUCAGAAUUAUGUUACUUUAAGCAUCGUGUUAUGACUUUUCCAGAGCCUGCACUCAGCUCCAACCCCCCUCAGAAGCGUUAUAUGGGCGUGAGGGUGAAGAUGCCGGUACGGGAGCUACUGAAAAAAAUCCGGCUUUCCAAAGGCCUGGAGCCAGCUCAGAGCAAGGAAGCCUCAUUAGCGAAGAUGGCAACCAAAGGAUCCUCAGGAAAAGCAGCAGAAAAGAGAAGAGUUCACCCUUAUACAGAGAAACAGCUUAGGCAGAGCAAGCAGAGCAUUGGGCAAACGCUGAAAGGCUUAGAGGACCUCGAUAUCCUGGUCGAGGUGCUGCAGGAAGACUUGAACAAAAGCCAGCUGAAGAAGGAGUCUCUGAGCUCGGUGCCAGAUGCCUUUGGGCAGGGCUUCUCCACGGACCCGCAAGCCUCCCGGUGGGAAAGCAGAGGAAGCAAGCAGGCAGCUGGUGGCCUGCAGGAGAGGCGCCACGGCUUCACCAAGCUGCAGUCCCAGUGCUGUUUUAAAGAGCACAGCUCAGCCGUGCAGGAAGAGGUACAGCCUUCUUUUCACGAUGGUCAGAAAAAUGUGCAAGAGCCCAGCUCGCAUGGAACGUUCCCAAGGACAAGUGAGAAAGAAAGCAGCUGGUGGGUGCAGGGCGGCCGUGCCAGUACCCAGAAGGAUUUCUGGAGACACCCUGCACAGAACCCAUCUCCCUGCUUUGACCCAUCAGGACACCACCCGGAGGCAUUUCUGGAAGCUAACGUGGGCUCUCCGGAUGCUGGGGGACACGUGAAGUUGACCUCGAUUUCCUUCACACAGCAGGAUCUCUCUGCCAUCUCUUUCUUCCAGUUCCAGCUACACAGGGAAGAAAGUUUGCUGCGAAACAUCCCAGCCGACAAACUGCUUGCACCUGAUGAAAAUGGCAACAGGCUGCUGCACAAGGCUGUUGCACAAGGGAGAAGAGCCCUGACUUACGCACUCGCACGGAGAUUUGCAUCCCUGAACAAAAUUGACGAGAAGGACGCAGAGAAACGGACUGCAUUACACCUUGCUGCAGAAAAGAACCAACACCUGAUGGUCAGCGACCUCAUAUCCCUGGGAGCUAACGUCAACGAACAGGACGGGCUGGGGAAAACUCCGCUCCACCUGUGCGCAGAGAAUGGCUACUUGAGAGUUUUAGAGGUUUUGAAAAACUGCAAAGACAACGGCAUGCGGGUAGAAGUGAACCUGACUGACCACUAUGGUUUAACCCCGCUGCACUGUGCUGCUCUUGCCCACACCGUCUUAGCUCUGCAAUCGCAGAAAACUGACAUCAAUACCGACACGGGAAGGUUUCUCAGACUACGCAAAGAUCAAAUUCUCGAGGGAAUUAACUGCUUAUUGCAAAUGGGAGGAAAGCUGGAGAUGCAGGUACUGAAUUCAUGUCAAAUUACCACGCCCUAUUUAAAAAUUGAGGAGAACACUGAGCUAAUGUGUUUGCUCCAGACCUAUAAACCCAAGAGACAGGAUCCUCUUCAAGAGAGUAACAGUUUGCUGGAGGUUCCAAGAAUGCCUUGUGCCUCAUCACCAGACAGCUUUUCUGAACUUCUUUCCAUUUCGUCUUUGGACUUCGUUGACAUCGUUCUUAAAGGGAAAUGCUGAUAAGGCUCAUUAUCUGUAUCUCGUGGUCCACAUGCUGCAGCUGUUGCUGAAGAAUAGACCAAGAACAGACAGUAAAAGUCUUCAGAUGUAUUAUAGCUUGAACUAACUGUUGAAAAUACCUCCUCAGUACCCAGAAUUAAAGAAUAAACUACUAAAUAGGGAAGAUCCUUAAGCCCUGCGUUAACAGUAUUAGGCAUUCAGUGUUAGAUGCUCCAUCAAUAGGUCUUAAUUUUCUCAUGAAACUGAGCGCUUGCACUUCUUUUUGGAAGUCCCUUGGAGCUGUCGGUGUUCUACAUUCUGAAGCUCUGACAAGGGUUUUUACACUGCUCCCUAGUUUGAAAAAAAAAAUAAAUUUUAGCCCUCCAAAGCCUAGUUCUGAGCGUACCAACACACAGCCUCUACAGUCUGAACUUAAUGCUCAGAUGUGCUGGAAACCUCAGGCAACAUCAUUUUAGACAUGAGCUAUUGGAUAUCAGAAUCUGAUGGGCUGUAUGUAAUGCUUUCAGUGGUGUGGCUCUCAAUUCCUAAGGCUGGAGUUGUCACAUUUCAAGGCAGUCCCAUUGGGAAAAAAAAUCCCUCCCCCUCAAAAAAGAAAAAAGGAAAGAAACCCCCCCACACACUGUUACUGAGCGUGUUUCUUCAACAAAAGUCAAGCUCUUUAUUUAUGCAAUCAGAAUUUGCCACUAGUAAUGGAACGGAGGUGAAGUCUGGGACAUAAAACAUUUUGAGUCAGUUCAUUCUUGGUGAUCUAACAGAGGAAUAUAGCUUUAUAAAAUCCAAAUGUAUAAAAACACCUCUAAGAAUAAUUUGUUGUACUGAGCAACUGUGCAAGUUAGAAGGCUAACAGAAGCCUGAAUAUUUCCUACUGCCAGAUAUCCAGGUAUUCAACAGGAUUCCUAGAAAUUAGGUAUUAACUGAUAAAGAGAAAUCUCUUCCCAGACUUAACAUAAUUGUAACUUCUGAUUGUGAAUUAGCUGGUUUCUAUGAAACUUCCCUGUUUGCUACGUAUGGAGCAAUCUACAUUUACAUAAUCUACAAAAUGAUUGAUCCAGCAAUCAGCUCACACACGCACCUCCCAUUAAACUGGGAGGUUUUUCACACGUAAGCAUUGCAGGAUCCAGUAUUAAGUACUCAGCAUGCUUGGGGAAUUUAUCUUUAAUGAUCCCUUUGAGUCUUCUUGUUGUAAAAAGGUUUCUUUUCUCCUGUUGGAUAUCCUUAAGUGUUAAGCUCCAAGAGCUAUGUUGCACAGCGUGAAUCAAGUUUUACUGAAAAAUGACAGUGUUUAAGUUAACUCCAGUGGGACCUGGGUCAUAUCCUGUUUCUCAUGCCCUGAGCAGCUAAACAGUGUUCUUCUGUAUGGCAUUACUCUGCAUUUGUUUUCUCUAGUGUGAAUGAGGCAUGGUACAUCAAAAUUCUUAUGUAUAUUGUAAAAUUGGUGUGUCGUUAUUCACAUAACGAGUUGUAAAACACUGGAACAUUCAUCCACCUCCUUCAAUGGGCAUUCUACAUGUUUUAAUCAUAUAAAGUCUUUCCUUUCCCCUUUUGGGUUUUAUGUCUAAGCACAACGAUUUUCCUCUUAUUUUUUCUCUGUCCUCCCUAUUACCGCUCAUUCAUGUUUGCAUUUUAACUCACAUCUGAGCUCACAGCUCUUUUUAUUCAUCUGAAGAGAAUUAAUGAGGAUCUUCUGAGUUACUCAGCCUCCAUUCGUGAGAUUUAAGGAUCAGAUCCAACACCCAUUGAAACUAAAGACUUCCUGUGUUCAGUGAAAACUAAGAAAUUCUGUAUCACAAACAAAACCAGGAAUGAAGCGGUACAGUGAACAAGCAGGGAAGUGCACCAAUAAGCAUUUUAAGUGAAAAAAUGAAUUGGUUUAUGGGAGAUCUUUAAAGACUGUAGAAAACUACUGUGUAUGAACACAGCAUAAAUCAAGUAAAUUUAUUCACACGGACUCCAUUCAGGUGAAGGGAGGACAGGAACUUUAACCUAUUAGUCUGUAUCAUUUAUUCAACAUACCUAAAGCUGAAUAGCCUGUGAAGUAUAUUCUACAAGUUGUAUCUUAAUUGCAUUACCAUUAGUAGGUACGCUUUACGUUGUUUCAUUGUUCGUUCCUGCCAAUAAAUACAUGAUUUCAAGCAG